AUGAAGAUAAAAUCGUUGAUGUGAUGCAUCGAAAAAGUUCACACACCACCCUCCACAAGCCACACACCAUCAGAGGGAGAGAGAUGGGAGGACUAUCAGAUUAUGACCUCAACCCCCUCCUCACAAACAUUCCCCAUCGACGAUUUCGCCACAACACCAACACCAACAACCAUCCCUAAUGAAUCCCCCGUAACAUCAACACCAUCCGCCCAAUUUUACAUUCAAUUAUACCUAAUUUUCCCCAAUGCCUACCCCGGAAGAUAGAUAACAAAAUCAGAAUUCAUAGGUUUUGCCCGCGGCACUCACUGGCCGCGGACCAUUUCCCCGCACCUCCCAACAAAAAGGGGCCGCCAAAACGGUCAAAAACCCCAGCUUCUUGAACAAAAAAACAACAAACGAACAAAAAGUUUAAUAAACCCUGAACGGGGAGCGAGAAGCGGGGAUUGUGAUGUCGGAGGGAAGAGAAAGGAGGGUACGCCAUCAUCGGGAAGUAGUGUGCUCGAUCUUUGAUAUUGUGGACAAGAUGGGAGAGCCACACCACACCUCCCCCUCCCCGGCUGCUUUACCGAACUAGAAGAAGAAUAGCGGCCAGCGACCGUUCAGGCGAACGAACGGUGGCCGGCCUGUGAAUGGUAAGGGAAGGGCUGCGGAUAGGUAUCUACCACUCGUGUUGCGUGAAGAUGUAGGGAGGCAUUGGGAGUGCCAUUAUGCGGGGUGUGG